AUGAGCACGCAAACCGACAGCGCCACGAAGGUGUCACAGGCCGCUGCACACGGUCAAGCACCGGCAGGCGCGACAGAUGCCGUGCUGAAGCCCUCCGAUCCCGUGCCCGAGGGCGCGCAAGAGGUCAAGGGCGUCGAGUUCAAUGACUAUGCAGGCAGGAGCAUUACUGUAGAGGAGCUGGUCGCCGGCAUGGAGAACAUGGGGUUCCAAGCAACCUCGGUUGGCCAGGCCGUCAAGGUCAUUGAGGGCAUGCGAGCCUGGAAGGAUGCCGAAACGGGCGAGGGCACCACCAUAUUCCUUGGCUACACGUCCAAUCUCAUUUCCUCUGGCCUGCGCGAGACGCUGCGCUACCUCGUGCAGCACAAGCAUGUGUCAGCAAUCGUAACGACGGCGGGUGGCGUUGAGGAAGACUUCAUCAAAUGUCUUGCGCCGACCUAUCUGGGCUCUUUCCAAACCGCAGGCGCCGCGCUUCGUGCCAAGGGCAUGAACCGCAUCGGGAACCUGGUUGUGCCGAACAGCAACUACUGCGCCUUCGAAGAUUGGGUCGUGCCGAUCCUGGACGCUAUGCUCGCGGAGCAGGAAGCUACCCGCGACUCUGAGGAACCAAUCCACUGGACGCCUAGCAAGCUUAUCCACCGUCUCGGCAAGGAGAUUAACGACGAGCGUUCCGUGUACUACUGGGCAUGGAAGAACGACAUCCCUGUCUUCUGCCCGGCGCUGACCGAUGGCUCGCUGGGAGACAUGCUGUAUUUCCACACAUUCAAGGCGAGCCCGCAGCAGCUCCGCGUCGACAUCGUCGAAGAUAUCCGCAAAAUCAACACCAUCGCGGUCAGAGCGAAGCGUACCGGGAUGAUCAUUCUGGGCGGCGGCAUUGUGAAGCACCACAUCGCGAAUGCGAACCUGAUGCGCAACGGGGCGGAGAGCGCAGUGUACAUCAACACGGCGCAGGAGUUCGACGGGAGCGACGCGGGAGCCCGGCCGGACGAGGCUGUGAGCUGGGGUAAGAUCCGGGUGGACGGCGACAGCGUCAAGGUCUAUGCUGAGGCGACGGUCGUGUUUCCGCUGAUCGUGGCAGCGACGUUUGCGAAGCCGAGAAAAUAG